AUGGUCUCCCAAGCUCAGAUCGUCGAUCGCACGGCGACCGCGCAAAGCACUGCCUCCCUAGUGUCCCGUCCUUCACACUCAGGCAGACGACACCGUUCCGGUCGCUCACAUCACGGCGGCUCCUCGCAUUCCUCGAACGAUUUCCCCAUCUUCACGUACACAGGGGACACGGAGAUUGUCAUUCGCGCCGGAUCGCAGGAAAGACGUUAUCUCCUACACCGAUUGAUAUUGGCACAAUGCUCGGGUUUCUUCGAGGAGAGCACAAAUGAGGACUGGUCGCACCAGGCAGCCUUGCGCCCGCCCAAGCCAGAGGCAACGCUGUCCCGAGUCAGCGAGGACGAUGAUUUGUCCAGCGGGUCAACGCUGGUGGAUUCCACGCGACCCAGAGAGAAGAGAAGAUGGCGAUAUGAACUGGAUUGGGAGAAUCGCGCUGAGGAUGAAGAAGUGAUCCUGGUGCAGAAGGUAAGCUUUGCGCCGGCGCAUCGCAGUCUCGAUAUAGGACAAUCUGUUAACGUCGCGUGUUUGAAACAGCCCCCAACCUAUGCCACCAUGUUCAGUGGCGACCAAACCGCGUUCCCUCCGACGAUGACCAAGCCCUCGAACGCCCAGGCAGGCUUCUUUCGAUCCAUGGCAAACCUGGCGGGAAUGCAGUCGGUAGCACAUCUACCACCGUCAGGAGAGCACGCCGUCCCCGUGGACCCCUUAAUACGUGAUUACGACAAUCUACUACGACUAUUCUACAACCACCCACCUAUAAUAAACAGCGUCAACAUUGCCUCUGCCUAUACAGAGUGCAAAUCCCUCCUCGCAUUGGCAGACAUGUACGACGCGCUUCCCGUAACCGGGCCUCGCGUGGACCACCACCUCCUCGGAUUCGGCUCUCGUCUCUUCAAACAAAUCGCCAAAUACCCACCCAGCUACCUCAAGCUCGGAUAUCUCGCCCGCAGCCGGGUAAUAUUUUCCGAAGCCCUAAUCCACGUCGUCGGCCAAUGGCCCGCCGCCCUCCCAAGUCUCCGAAACGGCUCCUACGCCCGUCUCCCAGACUCCCUUCUAGACAUAAUCGAAGACAAAGUCGAAGACCUCGAAGAUCUCAAAGCCCGCGUGGAAUCCAAGCUCCUCCGUCUCUCCCUCACAACAUCCCGCGGCGAACGCGUCGGCCCCUCAAAUGCCUACCUAGACUGGCUCGCCGUCAGCCUAUUCCGUCAAUGGCUGAUCGAAAGCACCACGCCGCCCCCAGCGCCCAUUCUCAAAAACCCAGGCUCAAGCGACGGGCCUGUCCCACCGGCUCCCUCAGCAUCGCACCCAACAAGUGGGCCCCGAUCAACUGCGUCCUCGGACCUGUCUGCGCGCGUCUAUCGAUUAAUAGGCUCUCCGUCGACUCAGGCAUACCUCCCGCAUGACGAGCUAAAGCGCUUCCUGAAACUCCAUCCUACUCCGUCGGCUGACUCGCUCUACUCGCGCGAGACCUUGAAACGCUUCGAGCGCAAGAUGGACGAGAUCAAACGCCUGGCGCGGGAGAUCGUUAAGCCGCUGAUGCGCAAUUUCCUCGAAUUGGAAUUGAAAGGUCCUGACCAAGCGGCCGGCGCUGGUUUUGAGCAUACGCCAAUUGGAUUACCGUAUUUGACGUGCACGCGUGUCGAGGAUGUUGACCUUCCUUGGAAAUGA